AUGUCCCAAGGGCAGUGGCUGAUCCGCUUCUUCCGAUUCUCUGUGGGAAGCGGUCUUGUCACGGCGCGGGCCACGCCCCGUAAAUGGGUCCAGCUCUGGCGUGAUAAUAGAGAUUCCGCUCACUGGCUGACGUUCUGGGCUGUCAUUGUCUUCGGGGCGCUUGGCACGCUGCUGGCUCUGUUGCAGGUUAUUCUGCAGGCUGUUCAGAUUGCUUUCCGUUGA